AUAAUGAAUAUGAGUAAGGUGGCUAUGCCUAUAUAUAUAUAUGCUCUAGUGUGAGUGGUAGAUGAGUGUGGCUGGAUAAACAAUGGCUUCUAUAGAAUGGCUACAAGAACAACUUACCAUAGCUUUUCUUUCUUCUACUUGUUAUCCAUAUUUUCUCUUCUUUCUUCUUGCUGUUGCUGUGUUGAAGCUAGCAAGAAGAUCAAAAAACAAAGCCAGUUUCAAUCUGCCUCCAUCACCAAGAAAGUUACCAAUCAUUGGCAAUCUUCAUCAGAUAGGCACAUUGCCAUACCGUUCUUUCAGUUCCCUCUCACAAAAGUAUGGUUCUCUUAUGUGGUUGCAGUUGGGGCAGACUCAGACUUUGGUGAUUUCAUCAGCAGAUUUGGUGAGGGAAAUCAUGCAAAAUCAUGACUUAACCUUCUCAAACCGACCCAAAAUCACAGCAGCCAGGUACAUACUGUACGGAGGUAAUGACAUUGGUUUUUCAUCCUAUGGAGAAAGCUGGAAACUGAAAAGAAAAAUAUGUUCCCUUGAACUUCUCAGUGCCAAAAGGGUGCAGUCAUUUCGCCUCAUCAGGGAACAAGAGGUUGCAGAAUUGGUCAAAAAGAUAGGCAAAGCAACCUUGACAGAAGAAUUUUCUGUGAAUCUAAGUGAGUUGCUUCUUGAAGUAUCAGACAACAUCAUCUGUAAAUGUGCUCUUGGACAGAAGUACAAUAGCAGCAGGGUCAAAGAGCUUGCAAGGAGGUUGAUGAUUCAACUUGGAGCUGACACUGUGGGGGAUUACUUUCCCUUGCUCAGUUGGGUUGAUUUUCUGAAUGGAAAAAUUCAAAAAUUCAAAGCCAUUUUUGAAGCAUUUGAUAUCUUUUUAGAUGAGCUAAUUGAGGAGCAUAAGAAGGUUCAGAGGGAAGCUGAUCACCGCUCCACUGAGAACGGCUUUGUGGAUAUCCUCAUCCAAUAUCAGAAGAAUGCCAUGCCUGAUUCUGAGCUCACCAAUGAUGACAUCAAAUCAAUUAUAAUGGAUAUGUUUUCAGCAGGAAGUGACACAACUGCCUCAACACUAGAGUGGACUAUGGCAGAGCUGAUGAGAAAUCCAACGAAGCUGAAGAAAGUUCAGGAAGAGGUGAGAAAAAUUGUAGGGAAUAAGUCAAAAGUAGAAGAAAAUGACAUAAACCAAAUGGACUACAUGAAAUGUGUAGUGAAAGAAACUCUAAGGUUACAUCCAGCUGCUCCACUCUUGGCUCCAAGAGAGACAGCAUCUGCAUUGAAACUCAGAGGAUAUGAUAUUCCUCCCAAAACACUGGUAUAUGUGAAUGCAUGGGGGAUUCAGAGGGACCCUGAAAUCUGGGAAAGGCCUGAAGAGUUCAUUCCAGAGAGACAUGCUAAUAACCAUGUUCCUUUGAAAGGCCAAUACAUUCCAUUUGGUUUUGGGAGAAGGGCAUGCCCUGGAAUGACCUUUGGACUUGUUAAUGUUGAGUAUACACUGGCCAACCUUCUUUAUUGGUUCAAUUGGAAGCUACCUACAUCUCAUUCUUCUGCACAAGACAUAGACAUGACUGAGACAUAUGGGCUUAUUACCUCCAUAAAAGUGCCACUUCAUGUCAAACCACUUCCCUUUCAACCAAGUUUCUAAUUUACUAUGAAGUCAUUUAUGCUGUCAUUGAUCUUUGCUGCUGUGUAAUGAGUGUGCUAAGUGGUGUUGUUGUUAAGUAUGUACUCAUGUUUAGGAAGAUUUGUUGGGAAUCCAAGU